GGCUGCGUCGACGCCGGUGGAGGCGGCGAGAAGAUCCUCCAAAAGUAUAAAAGGGUAUCCCUCACCCGGCUUCCCACACCACCAUCCACCUCGCCUCAGAACCUCCAAAGCAAAGCUCUUCGUGUCCUAUCUUCUAGCCUCUCAGCGCUCCAGCUCUCUCUUACAACCAAAAUGGCCAAAAAUAACGUUGUCCUCAUCCCCGUUGACUCGGUCUCCGAGCACUCGCGCGCCGUCAUCCUGCACGCCCUCAAACACAAUGUGCAGCCCGACGACGUGGUCGAGGUUCUCCACAUCAUCAAGCCUUCGCUCUUCGCCGCUCUCAAGACCAGCUAUGAGCACCGUGAGAUCGAUGAGAUCACUCAGCAGUUCACCGGCUUUAUCAAGGACAUUGUCCAGUCAAGCGGGGUGAGCAACAAGAUCUCACUCAAUGUGCUUCACGGCGACGCCAAGGGCUACAUCAUGAUGGAAAUCAACGAGCGCUCCCCUCGGCUUGUUGUCAUGGGCGCUCACGCUCACGGUGUUCUUCCCGGCACUGGCAGCAUCACUGGAUAUGUUUCGCAGCGAUCUCCGUGCCCAGUCCUAGUCCUUCCCCACACGGUGUCGUCGGUGGAGAGCGCCGCCGGCAGCGUCCCUAUUGCUGCUUGAGUCCUGGCACCGUCUCCACUCGAGUUCCGAUACCACACCGAGUCCUUCCCAGCCCCUUUGUCCUUUGUUCACAUUCGGGCCUC